AGUCGUCAAGCCGACUCACCUACCCCUACCGUAUCUACUACCUACUCUAACAAUUGUGUACGUCAAUAGAUGAAACUAAAGGCAUUACAGGAAUACCUCUCUAUUUUAAUAAUUGGAUAACUAUAAAGUUGGUGGCGACGUCGACUUUCUGUGUUCGUAUUGACAUGUGGCAGUGAAAUAUAGUUGGACCAUAGUUAAAAAUGUUUCGAAGUAAGAUAAGAAUACAUACUUGCCGAAUAAUAUUACUGACAUCUCUGGUAUGGCUCCUGGUGGAUGUUGCAUUGUUGGCGAUGUACUCGGACUGUUUCGGGGACGGAUGUAGUAAGAAGACGUCUAGUGAAUUUAUUGAUAGGAAUAUAGGUGAGUAUGGAGGUAAAAAGGCAGCCAUAGCUGCUGCUAUACAACAUCAAAUAAAUGAUGAUGACACAAACCUUGAGGAGAAUGAAGUGCAGCAGGAAGUUGGGGAAGAUGGCUUGGUACUGAAUCCAUAUCCAAAAUCCCGAUUGGCUAGGUGGGCACCAGUGCCACCUAUUAGACCGAAAUCUGAAUCCCCUGGAGAGAUGGGUAAAGCAGUAAACAUUCCAAUUGAACAGGAGAAAUUGAUGUUGGACAAAUUUCAAGAGAACCAGUUCAACUUACUGGCCAGUGACAUGAUAUCACUUAAUAGAUCUCUCACCGACGUGCGGUUUGAAAAGUGUAAAGACAAGCAGUAUCCAGAACUAUUGCCAUCUACUAGUGUGGUUAUAGUGUUCCACAAUGAGGCAUGGACCACACUUAUCCGUACUAUCUGGAGCACGAUAAACCGAUCGCCGCGACCGUUGCUCAAAGAAAUCAUCCUCGUUGAUGACGCCAGUGAAAAAGAACAUCUCGGAAGUAAAUUGGAAGAAUACAUAAGGACUCUGCCAGUUUCCACGAGGUUAUUCCGUACCGAGACUCGUUCGGGUCUUAUCAGGGCACGGUUGCUCGGCGCCAAGCAUGUAAAAGGCGACGUUAUUACAUUCCUUGAUGCCCACUGCGAAUGUACAGAGGGUUGGCUUGAACCGCUACUAGCUCGGAUCGUGGAAGACAGAACGACGGUAGUAUGUCCGAUCAUUGACGUUAUAUCAGAUACCACUUUUGAGUACAUUCAAGCUUCAGACAUGACAUGGGGUGGUUUCAAUUGGAAACUCAACUUUAGGUGGUAUCGAGUUCCCGAACGUGAGAUGUCUCGCCGCGGCGGGGACCGCACUGCACCCCUGCGAACUCCCACUAUGGCGGGCGGUCUGUUCGCAAUAGACCGCGAUUACUUCUACAAGAUUGGCUCCUACGACGAGGGCAUGGACAUCUGGGGUGGAGAGAAUCUGGAAAUGAGCUUUAGGGUGUGGAUGUGCGGCGGACGGUUGGAGAUCGCACCGUGCUCCCACGUGGGCCACGUGUUCCGCAAGACCACGCCGUAUUCAUUCCCGGGCGGCACGGGCCGUGUGGUCAACCACAACAACGCGCGGCUGGCCGAAGUGUGGCUGGAUGACUGGAAGCAUUUCUACUACAAUAUUAAUCCAGGUGCGCUGAAUGUGCCAGUCGGCGACGUUACUGAACGGAAAGCUCUACGUCAGCGACUCAAGUGCAAGAGUUUCCGGUGGUACCUUGAGAAUAUAUACCCAGAAAGCCAAAUGCCUCUCGACUAUUACUACUUGGGAGAGAUCCGGAAUGCCGAGACUUCAAAUUGUUUGGACACGCUCGGCGGUAAGGCCGGCCAACCGCUCGGCAUGGGAUACUGUCACGGAAUGGGCGGCAACCAGGUGUUUGCAUACACGAAACGCAAGCAAGUGAUGUCUGACGACAACUGCUUAGAUGCGGCUCAUCCGCGGGGGCCCAUCAAACUGAUCCGGUGUCACGGCAUGAGAGGCAACCAGGAGUGGACUUACGACUCUAAGAGCCGCACAAUAAAGCAUACGAACACAGGCAUGUGCCUGGAUAAGCCAGAGUCGUCGGACGUAUGGAAGCCGGUGUUACGCGCGUGUAACCGAUCACGUGGGCAGCAGUGGCUGAUGCAGGUGGACUUCAAGUGGCAGGCUCGCCGCGCCGCCCGCGACCAGGCCAGCUAGUCACCGCCAUAUGCUCCCAGGACUGACAACGAUAGACCAUAAAAGUCUUCCCCUCUCGUUAUAUAUCAGAUUUAUUCCUUAUUCUUGUGUAUAUCUGAAAUUUUAUAUCUAUUAGACUUAAUUAAAGUAUCGACUCAUAAAAUCCUGUGAAUUGUUGACAAUACAUUAAAAUAUGCUGACAUAAGUUGUAUUCCCUUUAAAUAUUGCUCAAACUUAGUAUUUUGUUGAGUAGAGUGAGUUUUAUUGCUAUUCAUUAGGUGUAUGGAGUUGAGAGAAUAUUAUAUUGAAUUAUUAUAAAUAAUUAUUAUUUUGUUUGCAAAAAGUUACAGGUAUUGAAUUGUGGUUGUUUAUUGAAGAUUAUUGUUUGUAUAGAAUUGUAAUUUUUAUUUAUUUCUUUUCUGUAAAAUGUUACUAUUCGAUAUACUUUUUAAUUGAAAUUAAUAUCUUAAUAUUAUCCUCACAAAAAUAGAAUAUAGAUAUACAAGAGUUUUAAAUAUUUUGUGGAUACUCAGAAUAGAUGUUAAGUUGAGCUGU